GCAAGCACAGUCUGUAUUCCAGCGGACUUUCACAUGGAGAUGGGUGUUACCAUAUCGAGCCAAAUCCUGUCGCAAGAUGGACGCUGAUAGGCCCAUGGCCACACCGGCCGGCUUAGACAGCCGAUGGGAUCGACAGGCGACUUGCUCAGCCCCGAUCCUGGUCCAGCUGGCCUGGUCGUGUCCGCUGGCUCAACUGGUUGGACUGGCUUGUUUGGCUCCAGCGAACAGCUCGUAUUGCCGGUGCCCAGUUGCUAAUUUUAUGGGAUCGGCCAAGUCAUCUCUCUUGUGCCAUGCAAAAAGCAAGGCGAUUGAUGUCCUAAGUUUGCAAGGCUUUGGUAGUAAAAUAAAUAAUAAAUCAGACGCCCCCAGUUCUGAUUUCCGAAACUUUUCAAGAAUUAUGUCAACCAUUUACCUCACUCACUCCAUACAUACACACAACCGCUCGUUUUCUAUAUCCUAGCUACACCGGCGAACUAGGCAGUGGAUACCUACUUCAUCUACAAUUUCACAAGCUACUCUCUCUCUCAAAUUAAUCCGCCCAUAACAACAACAACAACAAAAGGUCAAGACACCCUCCAACAUGGCGGCCACGAUCGCAGUAUCAGGCACGAGCUCCGGCUCCACGCCCUCCGCCACACCAUCAUCGACCUGCGGCGUCAACCUGUACGACAUCCCCAUCUCCGAGCCCGGGUGCGCCGUAGCAUCCAACAGCGCACACCAGGACGCCAUGGAGGCAUGCUGCAAGUCGGCCGACGUCAUCUCGUACUACGACAACUGCGGGCUCUACUGCGUCGCGGCGGACCAGACCAUCAAGGAGCUGCAGGACUGCCUGUUCGGCGAGAAGGUCGCGUACAAUGCCGUCUUCUGCAACGCACCGAACAACGCGACCGCCACGAACACGGACCCGGAGAUCCCCGCCACUGCGAGUGCCUCUGUCGUGUCUGGGGGCGAUGAUCACGAUGAUGAUGGUAAUGAUAGUGACGGAGACGAUAGCGAUAACAACGAUGGGCCCAAGCCGUCUGAUACGGACAGUGCUGCACCGCGGCUGGCGCCUGAAAUGAGCAUCUCGAAGACGGGUCUGACUAUUGGCGCCUUGUUGUUCUCGGCUAUGGCCUUUGGUGCUUUCCAGAUCUAAGUUAAUGGGGGGCCUUCACUUACCGUGGCUCUAUACGGAGACGACGCAUGCAAAUGGCUUCCUUGGGAGGGGGAGUGUGUUAUGUGAACAUGGAAUAGCAUGGUUAUGAAAAAGAAUGAUGGAUUAAUCUUGCCUUCUCGUUAUUGGAGGGUACCGAUAUUUGAUACGCACAGCAUCAGCGAGCACAUGCGGACAUCGAAUCCUGUAUGUAUAAUUCAUGGCGUUCGAUAGCGUUAUAUGGUUUGAUUCGAUUCGAUGUACUGGGAUCGUAGGCUGGUUUCAUGUUUUGUUAUGUCAUGUGGGCUCACGCCGUGGACUCCUGGGUGCAUUUAUCGGAAAGGACUGGCUGGAACUGGAUCUACAUGAAUCAAAACAAUAAUAAGACCUACCUUCUAAUUGUUGCUUAUCAGGACGUGUGUGUGUGUGUGUGUGUGUCUAUG